AUGAAGCAGCAUCAGCAGGUAGUAACAGACAUCAUACACAAUCAGAUUCAGAUCUACACAGCAGAGCAGUUCAUGCACAUACCUUAUGUACAAAUGCACAACAAUCAUCCAGGAUUCCAGGAUGCCCGUGGCCAUCCCACCCAUCCCACAAUCUCCCGGACGCCGAAAGCUUCCAGGCUCCAGGGUUUAGCUAGGGUUCUGCACGCCAUGGCCGCCGCCGGAGAGGACGACGCCGCGUGGGAGCGCGCCAUCGCGGCGGCCGUGAAGAGCGCCCCCUUCUCGGCGCCCAAGACGCUGACGCUCGACGGCGCCGUCAAGUCCACCACCGGCCGCCUCCCCUCGCCGUCGCUCCUCGACCGCUACCCGUCCCUCGAGGAGCUCUCCGUCGCGGGGGCCCGCCUCUCCUCGCUCGCGGGCCUCCCGCGCCUCCCGGCGCUCCGCCGCCUCUCCCUACCCGACAACCGGCUCUCCGGCGCCGCCUCCCUCGCGGCCGUCGCCGAGUCCUGCGGCGCCACGCUCCGGGGCCUCGACCUCGGGAACAACCGCUUCGCCGAGGUCGACGAGCUGGCGCCGCUCGCGCCGCUCGGGAUCGAGUCGCUGGACCUCUACCAGUGCCCCGUCACCAAGGUCAAGGGGUACAGGGAGAAGGUGUUCGCGCUGAUUCCCAGCCUCAAGUACUUGGACGGCAUGGACGCCGAGGGUAACGACCGCUUGGAGUCCGACGAAGAAGAGGACGACGAGGAGGAGGACGACGAGGAGGGGGCGGAGGGUGAAGGGGAAGGUGACGAAGAAGAGGAGGGUGGAGAGGAAGGGGAAGGCGAUGAAGAUGAUGAAGAGGAGGAAUCGGAAGGAGACGAAGAGGAUGACGACGAAGGUGAUGAGGAGGCUGAAGAUGAAGAGGAUGAAGCUGAUGAUAACCAAACUGAUAAGGAUGCAGAAGACGAAAGCAAAGUGGUCAAUGGAGGAUCAGCUCAGUCAAACAAAAGGAAGAGGGACAAUGAGGAUGAUGCUAAUGGAGACAACUAAAUUUGGAACUGGUUUCGGUUGUUCUUUGGAAGCCCUCCCUGCAAUGUUCUUUGGAGGGCUCAGACACUUUCUUCGGUUCGUGUAGAAGUUUCAGCUGUUUUUAGAUGCCAGUUGCCAAAAGGCUUCUAAUUUUAAUUCAUGACAUGGAUAUAUCUUCCUCCUUUGAUGUACUCCUGUCCAUUCCUGCAACUUGCCUUUGACGUACUCCUGCCCAUUCCUGUGACUUUUCGAUGCUGCUAAUUGAAAUACCGGUUCUGGUUGUGCGGGCGAUGUUGAACUAGCGUAUCUUGAUCUAAAUGUAAAGAUUCUUCUUUUUCGUGUUGCCAGCAUCGUUGCUUAAGUGCUCCCACAAAACUCAAGACAUGUACUCGAGAAAUGCAUAUGUUUGCAAUGGAUGUAUCAUAUAUCUGAAGACACUAACAUUU